AUGGCAUAUCAGCUAGCGGAAAUAAAUAAUAUUAAUCAUCCUUUUACUUCAAAUGCUGCAGCUGCCACGUCAGCUUUAGAUGAGGCCAGAAGUCUAAUAGGAACUUAUGAGAAUCCAGCAUCUCCAGGUGGAAGUAAUGACCUCAGACAAGAAGACACUCAGAACACAUUCAGACGUGUGACAACUGAGAGCCCAAGUGAAGAUGGCCAAAGAGAAAGCAGAAGGUCAACAUUGUUGUCAAAUACCUCAUCAAGCAUGUGUGUUUCUCCACAAGAUAUCAUGCCAAUCCCUCCUCUAAAGAGGAAGGUUUCCAACAAAGGUCGCAAGCCAGGUUCAUCAGCUGUUAUGACAUCUUCGCCUUAUAAACCACGCCUUGAAGACUCCUUACUGAAGGAAGACGAGAUUGAUGACAGUUUGUCUUCAGAUGAAGACGAGAAUGAUGUUGAAGGUGUUGCUUCAAAUCCAGCAGCUGUGCCGUAUCCGAAAGACAGUGAGUGGACUGCAGUUGACACCUACCGACCUCUGCCUGUCAACACGACACCCAGGCAGAUACUAGUGGAUAUUGAUGAGUCGAGUUCUGUACUGGAUUGCAGUAAAGUGUUCCUUACUGACAGUGACGUAAAUGAACUCAAGAGACAGACAAAUUUGUAUGCAUCACAGACAAUACAGAAGAAAAGAAGAGGAAAUAAUCUGAAGCCCCAUUCAGUUUUGAGUUCGUGGAAGCCAGUGACUAUAAGUGAGAUGAGGCGUUUCUUGGGUAUUAUUUUCCACAUGUGUGUUUCGAAAAAGCCCAAAAUUGCGGACCAUUGGAGCACUAAUCCUGUUCUUAGUUGUAACUUUUGUCCCCAUGUCAUGAGCCGUUUGCGUUUCACUCAGAUACUGUCAUGCUUGCAUCUUGUUGACAAUUCAAAUCAGAAAAAACCAGGCGAAGAUGGAUUUCAUCCACUUUACAAAGUUUUGCCAUAUUAUAAUAAUUUGAAGGAGCGAUGUAUCCAGGCAUAUCGUCCCUCAGAAAAAGUGACAAUUGAUGAAGGAAUUUGCCCAUUUCGAGGUCGUGUGAGUUUCCGUGUUUACAUGCAAAAUAAGCCUCAUAAGUAUGGACUGAAAGUAUAUGCUGUUGCUGAAGCCAGUAGUGGCUAUGUUGUAAAUUUUGAAGUUUAUGCUGGUAAGCAUAUUGUUGACAAUUCUUCGUCUGCGGUUAUUUUGCGAUUGUUGUCUGACAGCAGCUUGCUGAACAAAGGCCACACUGUGUAUUUAGAUCGAUUUUAUUCCAGUCCAGAGCUAUUUCAGCAACUGGCAGAGAAAGGCACUGGAGCUGUUGGUACUGUGAACAAAUCCAGGAAAGGAUUGCCUAAAGAUUUAGUAUCUGCUAAGCUGAAAAAGGGCGAAAUGUCUUUUCGGCGUAAAGAUAAUGUAUUGGCAAUGAAGUGGAAAGAUAAGAGAGAUGUGUAUACAUUGUCUACAAGGCAUCAAGCAACAUUUGGUACGCAUACUAAGAGAAAUGGGUCUGUAGUAUUGAAACCACUUCAGGUACUUGAUUACAACCUCAAUAAAAUUGGAGUGGAUAUUGGAGACCAACGCCUGCAGUACAAUCCGUUCCAGCACAGAACUGUGAAAUGGUGGCGAAAAUUAUAUUUCCAUUUGCUGCUUAUGGGAGUAUCAAAUGCAUUUUGGCUGUACAAUGCAGUGCACAGGAAGAAAAUUACAAUAACAGACUUUAUAACAGUGCUUGCAGUUCAGCUUGUUGAAGACGACACACUUGAAUUCAUUCCAAGAAAUGAAGGAACUGUAGGUCGGCUAACAAAGAGACAUUUUUUGCAGCACAUACCUGCAACUACUAAGAAGUAUGCUGCUCGUGUGUGUCACGUGUGCAGUUCCAGGAGCAAGAAACAGAGUGGCAAGGCUUCUCGCAAAGAGACACGAUACGAAUGUGAACAGUGUGGCGUUGCACUCUGCCUGGAACCUUGCUUUAAAAUUUUCCACACUAAAAAACAAUAUGAUUCUGUGUGA